AAAACAAGUCAACUGCUUGACUUGGAAUGUAGACCUCUUAGUCUUACCCAUGGUUUUCCUUCACCUAUUAAGUGGGGAGUUGGGACAUUAGGACGGCCAGAACAUCCAGAUUGUUAGCAAGGAGCUCUUACUGAAUGGAGAAGGCAAGAAAGCACAUGCCUUCAUCGUCUUCCUUCAUAGGAAUACUUCUCUUGAUCAAGGUCUUGCCUUCAGGGCCUGGUUUCACACGUGCAACAGAUACUCUUCUUCCAGGCCAAUCUCUGAGUGGUAACCGGACCUUGCUUUCAAAGAAUGGUACAUUCAAGUUGGGUUUCAACUGCCUAUCUCCCCCAUGUUAUUCAGAUUCUACCUUUGGCAUAUGGUACGUUAACUCAUCAACUUGUAGCCCUCUUCUAGUUUGGGGGCCCGACACGGUUUUGCCCAUCUUUAGAACUUGGUCCUCAUCAUUUGGACUCUUAGAAGAUGGCAACCUAUAUCUUAAAAGUGAUGAAGGCUCACUUGUUUGGUCAGCAUUUAGAACGGGCGGAUAUAUUUCUGUACUUGCAAUACUUCUUGACAACGGAAAUCUCGUUAUAAGGGACCAAGUGGAUAUUUCUGCUGUGUUGUGGCAAAGCUUCGACAACCCACUUGGUACAAUACUACCUGGGGGCUGGAUGGGAUCUAAUAGGAUCACUAACAAAGAAGCCUUCCUUAUUUCCAGGGCUUCCUGUUCUGGGAUUGAUCGUUCUACUUUGACAAUAUAUCCAGAGCAAAGUAGAGAAAUUUUGGUCCGGCUUAUUCCUGACAUACUCCCUCCGUUCCUAAAUGUUUGUCUUUCUAGAGAUUUCAACAAGUGACUACAUAUGGAGCAAAAUGAGUGAAUCUACACUCUAAAGUAUGUCUAUACACAUCCGUAUGUGGUAGUCCAUUUGAAAUCUCUAAAAAGACAAAUAUUUAGGAAUGGAGGGAGUAUAUCCCAUCUUCUCCGGUGAAGAGUAUUCUGGUGCUUCUCCCAGCUGGAUGGGAGUUCAUGCAGAUGGAGACUCUCUUAUGUUGUUCGAUGAUGCGCAUCUAUAUGUAUGAUUGGAUGAUAAUGGUACGGUCAGUGCUGCUGAACUAGGGGACUGUGUCUCUGUUGUGGUCUGCUUCACCUAGUGAGCUUGACUUGGUUCCAUGCCGUGAUGCAGAAAGCAUUUGUGUAAUACCAUACGACAGCACUCAGCCUUACUGUUUGAGAGUUACUGCUCCACAUUGUCUAUCUAAUGUCUCCGCUACAAAAGACGAUUAUUUUCAUCAGAUCGACGGGGUCUAUAAAUUUCCAGGAAGUCCUUCGUCAGUCAAAGUAAGAAGCAGCAGAGAGUGUGAAACUGUUUGUUUCAAUGACUGUUCCUGUACUUCAUAUGCCUUCAAUGAAACAUGCUUACUGUGGUACUGGAAGCUGCACAGAGUAUUGGUUGUGUCUGGUUCGGAAUCUCGUUUGUAUAUACGUAUGGGUAACCAAGAAAAUUCGAACUCCAAGAUUGAAUUUGUUGUUCUAACAGUGGUAGGUGUCUUGGCCCUCCUCCUGGUUGGUCUGGUUCUCUUGUGGAGAAGUAAAAGAAAGUUAUUCGUUGAAAGACUAGUGGAUUCCAAUAGUGGCCUUACGGUCUUCUCUAAUACGCAAAUAAAGAAAGCAACGAGAAAUUUCUUGGAAAAACUUGGAGAAGGAGGUUUCGGCUGUGUUUUCAAGGGCACAUUACCAGGUUCCUCUAUGGUGGCUGUCAAAAUGCUAAAAGAUCUUGGACAGGGUGAGAAGCAGUUCCGAGCAGAAGUGCAGACCAUUGGAAUGCUUCAACACAUCAAUCUUGUUCGUUUGUUUGGGUUCUGUGCUGAGGGAAGUAAAAGAUUGCUGGUAUACGAGUACAUGGAGAAUGGAUCUUUGAGUUCUCAUCUGUUUUCGAAGAGUUCUGUAAAAUUAAUCUGGGAGCUCCGGUACAGUAUAGCACUUGGAACUGCAAGAGGCUUGGCUUAUCUGCAUGAGGAAUGCAAGGAUUGCAUCAUACACUGCGAUAUAAAGCCAGAUAAUGUACUCCUUGAUGCAGAUUUGUGUCCUAAGGUUGCAGACUUUGGUAUGGCGAAGCUUCUUUGCCGAGAUUUUAGCAGGGCACUGACAACAAUGCGGGGGGCCAUCGGAUAUCUUGCGCCGGAGUGGAUCUCAGGGCUUCCGAUCACACAUAAGUCUGACGUUUACAUCUACGGAAUGAUGCUUCUUGAAAUCAUUUCGGGGCGAAGGAAUGUGGAGAAAAUCAAGGAAGGGAAGUUCACUUACUUUCCCAUCUUUGCGGCAGUCAAGGUGAAUGAAGGAGAUGUUAUGUGCCUUACUGGAUAUAGGUUGGAAGGCGACGCAGAUGUGGAGCAGCUGAGCAGAGCUUGCAGAAUCGCAUGCUGGUGCAUUCAAGAUGCUGAGGAUCAUAGGCCAAUGAUGGGGCAUGUUGUUCGCAUGCUAGAGGGUGUCAUGGAUGUUGAAGUACCUCCUAUUCCGAGGUCGCUGCUGAAUUUUGUGGGCAUGGAGGAUUGCACUCCCUCUACAGACUUAUAUAGUCUCUGAAGGACCAAAAGCUUCGUUCCAUUUGUCCAGAUCUACAUCAAGAAUUAAGUUUGUGUCUUUUGUACUGUAUUUCCUAAACUGCACUUGUCCCUUAUUGGCCAAGUUUCUGAACUGCAAUUUGUUACUCCCUCCGUCCGGAAAAACUUGUCAUCAAAAUGGACAAAAAAGUAGACUUGUGGAAAAGCUGUUUUAAGCCAACGGCUUCACCUCUUUUAUGACACAAAGGCUUGUCCGUUCAUCUUCAGAACAAUUAAA